CCGGACUCUCCGCUGCAGUCUACCGCGCAGUCGCGGCGACCCGCCAAGACUUUGUGGGGCCGGCUGGAGGACCAGUUAAACUACACCAACAGGCGGGUCGUUAAAGUCUUCGCCAUUGACACACUUGGCGGACAAAGCUCUCCAUUCCUCACUCUUGAAUGGAAGCGGACGGUUUCGUGUCCCGGCGAUCGUCCGUGGAAACACCGGGCGUAGACAGUCGAGUCACAGGCGCUGCAGCCGGGGCAGAGUUUCGAUGGAUGGGCGGCAGAGUCCUAGACGCCAUGGUGGGAUUUGGCGGGUCUCCUUCACCGAGGAUGCCAGGGGAACACGACUUUGCCCCGAUGUUGCAUCGAGCAACUCCGGAGAUCUCAACCUCGGUCGAGCCAGAAAUAGACUAUGAAGGACUGCCUCAGGGGGUAGCCACCAGCACUCACAUGCUGGCAGGGUCCGUGGCUGGAAUCAUGGAGCACUGCCUUAUGUACCCCAUCGACUGUGUCAAGACUCGCAUGCAGAGCCUGCACCCUGAGCCGGGGGCGCGCUACAGGAAUGUGAUGGACGCCCUGCGGCAGAUCGUUCGGACCGAGGGCGUGUGGCGGCCAAUCAGAGGCGUGAAUGUGCUGGCAGUGGGGGCGGGGCCUGCCCACGCUCUCUACUUUGCCUGCUACGAAAAGAUCAAGUUCUCACUCAGUGAUGCCAUUCAUCCCGGCGCCAACAGCCACUUUGCUAACGGAGUGGCGGGCUGCAUGGCCACGGUGCUGCACGACGCCAUCAUGAACCCAGCCGAAGUUGUGAAACAGCGAAUGCAGAUGUUCAACUCUCCAUACCGCGGCGUCCUGCACUGUAUCGGGUCCCUGCUGAGGCACGAGGGUCCUGCCGCUUUCUACCGCAGCUACACCACCCAGCUGACCAUGAACGUGCCCUUCCAGGCGCUCCACUUCAUGACCUACGAGUACCUCCAGGAGCUCCUCAACCCCCACAGAAACUACAACCCUUCCUCCCACGUGGUGUCUGGCGCGCUGGCUGGAGCCGUGGCGGCCGCUGCCACCACGCCCCUCGACGUCUGCAAGACCCUCCUCAACACGCAGGAGGCGCAGGCCAUACACGUGGUCCAGGCCGAGGCCGCGACAGCUGCUGGAGCGGUUGGAGCCACCACCGCAGCCCCCGGCGGCCGCCACAUCUCUGGCCUGGGCGAGGCGUUUCGGACUGUGUACAGAACGGGAGGCACGCCGGCCUUCUUCAAAGGGGUCCAAGCCCGUGUCAUCUACCAGAUGCCCUCGACAGCCAUCAGCUGGUCCGUCUACGAGUUCUUCAAAUACGUCAUCACCAAGCGGCAGCACGAGAGGCGGCUGCGUGGAGAUCGUGAUGGAGACAAGUAAUCGGCAACACAAAGGUUCUUUGCACCGUACCGAUCAAUGCCAUCGGUAUUGAUUUCUGAACAUCUGAAGGUUUGAAAGGCUCCAGAAUUUUAGAUUCUUUGAGCUACAAGUCAACUGUUAUUUUGUUUACGGAGAUCUAUGAAGCGUGCGGUCUGAUCUAGUUCACAGCAGGUGAGGACACACACAGCUGUCAGAGGACAGCUUGUCCUCGGUCUUUACAUCCAGCGUUCCUCAUUGGUCAGGGCCACGAUGUUGCAGACAGGAAGUCGUGCUUUCCUCAACUCUUCUCACGAAAUUUUAAUGCUUUAACUGUUUUUCAUUUGUGUUGGACUCUUGACAAAGCCCCCUUCCUGUACUGGCUUUCAAAAAGCUCAUUAUUUAUGAAAGGUAACACACAGUAAACGUUUGUCGGCAUUUGAACAGUUUUGUCUUGGCUCAGAGCUCGAGUGCAUUGAAUUAAAACAAAGCUACGAUGCUGAGGUUAAAGUGCUGACUUGGAGCUUUAAUUCGAGGGUGUUUACAUUCACUUUCAAUCAACUGUGUAGUAACUGUACCUUCUUCCUCUUCUUUUUUACCUCCUUAAAGAUUAAAGGACAACAAGAUCUACACUGAUGAGAAAAACAAACCCUCAGAGCUGAAAGCCAGAACUUUAACCUCAGUUCGAGUUCAGCUCCACUGCGUCUGAGUUCACGGCCAGAACAAAAACGUAUCCUGAUCCAAGUACUUAAGAAGUGCUCUGUAAACUGGGUUAACACCCAGUCUCCUGCCUGCACGCGUUGCACUUCUUUUAAGUGUGAUAUUACUUUUGACCACAGGGGGGCGCACAGCUCGGCCCACACUAAACUAGCAGAAAAACAACUUUACAGGGUUUACAGAAUCAACAGCAUCAAACUAUCCUGAGUCCUAACGUACAGUAACUGAGAGUCUGCUGAGAGGAAGCAACAACAAAACCUCUUAAAAGAGAAAAAUUCCUCUGACAUGUUGGAGACACAAAGCCUGUAAUUUAUUCAGUUUUUUUUUUGAGGUCACAUUUGGUUUUGGAUUCAACAUACUCAAGUAUUCAACACUUGAAUGGAGCAGGUGUGUGUGUGGAGGGGGAGGGGGUUCAGUUCCUUUGAGCCCAGCGGUGACCCGGUUUGAUCUCAACUGAAUUGCCCACUUUGUGCUGUCCCGUCAAAGCAAAAAUGCAGCAACACAAAGUAAUAAAAAUCAAAAUAAUCUGGCUCUGUUUAGACCUCAGUCAGCGUCAGACCACACUAAGAUUCCUCUGAAGGACAGCGUGAGGUCAUUGCACUGAAAGUCUCAUACUGUCGCCGCCAUCGCACCCAGUGAUUUCAGGUUGACACGUCUGAAGGCUUCAGAUGGCGUGUGGAGCUUAGCCUGAUGCUGUUAACUUUUAAAUGAGAACAGCUUGUGCAUCAUGAGGAAGAUGGGUCAUACUGGAGCACUGCAGCAGGAGAAGUACUCAGUCACAGAUGUGUUUUGUUCUGGAACAAGCAUCUUUUAGAUGAAACGACACCUCAGACAAUCACCUUUUCUUUAGAGUUAUUUGUUUUAACCCGCACAGCAUCGCAGCACUUCGUAGCAAACCGCUUUGCCAGUUAAAACGAGAGCAGAGAGUAAAGUAAAAAUACUCAUGAAAUACUAACACAUGCCUUCAUUAGCCGCCAUAUAUCCAACGCACAACUACGACAAGGAGAUCCUCAGAUAAGAGUAACAUUGUGUUUUGAAGCCAUAAAAAAUAUAGACUUGUACAUAAAAUAUAUAUAUAUAUAUAUAAUAUCAAGAUGGACAGAUAUAGAUAAACCAAAACACUCUAACCAGCUGACUUUCAGAGCUAAACCUUGUGCUCAGUUAUACAAAUGCAUCAAACCAAGAGUUUUAGCAGAGACGCCGCACAAAGUCCUCAUUGGGAACAAAGGAAACAAAACCUGCAUUAUUCUAAACUGACUUUAUGUGAGAGGAGAGCGUUUCAGGACUGGGAAACCAAAGACAGCAAUAGGAAGAGGAAGUGGUUUGUCGGACGCCGACUCUAAUGUGAAAUGCUUGAACACUGCUCGAGAGCGACACCUGUAUUUUGUGAAUUGUAAAUAAACUUGCUAAGGCAGCUCCUCGCAGAAGCAGGGUCUUCUCUUGGUGCUGAGAGAACUUCA